GAUCGGAGCGGCGUGUUUACAUCGUUAAAACACACGUGGGUUCUUGCAUUUGACAUUGUUAAUCAUUAUUUGACACAACCAAUUUCACACUGUCAUCACAUAGGCAUUACACCAGGUAUCGAAAUUUCUAAAGACUGAGCCAAUGAGCCAGGUGAAACAGCUCAGCAGACACAAGCUGUCCUUCUGUCAGCUGAGACUUCUACAGCAGGUAUACAGCAGUAAGUGUCAACCAGUGAGAGCUUCCCACAAUGCAGCGGAUACUGAAGGGAGGCAACUGGAUCAACAGGGGAGACAACUAGGUCAGAAACUGAAUGAGGACCGUCACAGGAGAGUGCCCCACAUCCCAGUGAUGUUAAAGGAAGUGAUGGAUGUACUCAAACCUACUGAUGGACAGGUUAUCGUGGACAUGACCUUUGGAGGUGGAGGUCAUACAAGGGAGAUAAUCUCAAGAGCACAAAAUGCCAGAGUGUUUGCCUUGGACAGGGAUCCAGUGGCGUUUGAAAUGGCAACCCAACUAUCACAGGAAUGCAAGGAAGGGCAGAUAACUCCAUUACUUGGUCGCUUCUCUGACGUGCCUCAGCUGCUAAGACAGCAUGGUGUGGAAGGUGCGUCUGUGGACAGCUUCCUGUUUGAUGUGGGGGCGUCGUCCAUGCAGUUUGACCAGGCUGGCCGGGGCUUCUCUCUCAGUCAAGAUGGACCCUUGGACAUGAGGAUGGAUGGAGACAGGAUCCAGGAUCAGCCGACAGCAGCCGAUGUUGUCAACCACAUUGAUGAGCAGGACCUGUAUGUGAUCAUCAAGAAGUAUGGAGAGGAGAAACUUGCCCGCAAGAUUGCCAGUGCCAUCGUUGACACACGCUACGCCUUCGGGAACAUCACACGCACACGACAGCUAGCAGACAUAGUAGCCAGCGUGUUCCAAGGUGAUCUCAGACGAGAUAAGAUGAUGAGACAUUCUCACGUCGCAACAAAAACAUUUCAAGCUCUGCGUAUAUUUGUCAACGAUGAACUGAACGAGUUGAAUAACGGCCUGGAACUUGCCCACAGAUUCCUCAAACCAGGAGGAGUGUGUGUUGCUCUGUCAUUUCAUUCACUUGAGGAUAGGAUCGUCAAGCGGCAUUUCCAUGGCAUCGACAUGGACCUGCCACUCAACAUGAAUUAUCGGGAUCACCUUAGAAACCCCUCAGUCCUGCAUGAAAGAAAGGAUGUUGUGGACCUUUUGAAAAAACGAUGGCUGCCUUCAUCGAAAAAAGUGUGUGUGCCAACAUACACAGAUUGUUUGGACAAUCCCCGAGCAAGAUCGGCUAAACUGAGAGCUGCAGCCAAGAUACAGUGUAACUAAGAUGGGUAGAUUAUAGUUGUCAAGCAUAAAGGACACACCCUAUUAUGUUUUGUUUUACGAAGUGUUUGGUUGGUCGUAAAUAUCAAUUUGAGCUUACAAUAAAGUGCAAUUGAGUGCUAGAUUUAGACAGGGCUCGUCACCAA